AUGUCUCAAGAAGAACAAAUAAAUCAGUUGAAAAUGAAAAUUAAGCUAUGGGAAACUGAUUUCAAUAAAAUUAACUCGAAAAAGCCAGAUAAGAAUAUUGAUCAUAAGUGGCUAGAAAGGUGCAAGUUAGACUUAGAAAAUAAUGUAACUGAUUUUCAUGUUAUUAAAAAAAAUGCAUCAGAACUUGAUAUAGAAAAUAGUUUUGUCACUCAGUCAUGUGAUAGUGAUAGUUUAGAUAACAAUGGCGGCAAACUUUUUCUAGCCAAACAGAAAGCUGUUGAUUAUUUAGAGCAUGAUACUGCUGAAAUGAUUACAACUAGUCAAAAUAAAGGCAUUGAAACUCCAAAUAAAUUUUCAACAAAGCAAAGUAAUGAUCACAGCGAGCAUGAUUUAUAUCAGCAUAGGACUGAGCGACAGUGUAAAUUGUCUGAAAACUUUCUUAACACUAGUGAGAAAGAUGAAGGAAGUGAUGUUUUCACUUUUAAUGAGCCAGCCCCUCCUGAAAAGACAAGCAAUCGAAUGUCACAAGAACAAGAAAGUGUAGAAUCGACUUCGGUGUUAAAAGUACAUCACGACCAAACAGAGUUUCCUUCUCAUGGUGAAAGUCAGGUGUUGAAAACUGAAUCAGACUUCCUUGAAAAUAAUGAAAGUGAUGACAAAGACGUAAAAACGAAAGGUAUAAAACGAAAGUUGGACCAAAAUUGGACAAAGAAAAGCAAUCAAACUGCUCAUUUACAAAGAAAAAUUGCAGCAGGGACAUUGAAUGAAAAUUAUGUAAGAGUUAAUAUCAAGAAGAAGAAGUUUUCCCGUGGUCACAGGCCUGUAAACGCCGGCAAAUUGAAAUGGCAGAAGUGGAAGCAGUUAAGGAAACAAUCAGACAAUGAUUCAUCUACACCAAUUUCAAGGUCAACUUGCUUCAAAUGUGGUCAAGUUGGCCAUUGGGCCAGAAGCUGUACAGCACUGUCUAAGGAAAAAGAAUUCUUUGAAGAUGAAGAAUUUGAUGAGCCUGCUUUGCCAACUUUAGAAGAAGCAGCAUUAUUAGCCGAGAAAAAAAUGUCAGAUGCCCUAAAAUCUGCUGUUGUCAAAAUGUAUGAAGAUGCUUCUGCUACUUCAUUUGAAGAAAGUUUUGAAACUUCUGAAUUACCUCUCAGUCAAAACAACCAUUGCUCUGAAAGGACAAUAAAGCCUUUAUAUGAUCCUCUUCCAAAUGGAAAUGUCAUAAAAACUCCUGAUGAAGUGUAUGAAGCAUUGGCUGAAUUAGGAUUUGAAAGCUUCAGAAGAGGCCAAGAGGUGGCUGUUAUGAGAGUGUUGAGUGGAUUAUCUACUCUUCUUGUGCUCCCUACGGGAUCAGGAAAAUCUUUAUGCUACCAGCUGCCAGCGUAUAUGUUUGCCAAGAAAAAUAAGUGUUUGGCGCUCGUCGUAUCUCCUUUAGUAUCCCUUAUGGAAGACCAGGUCACAGGUUUAUCAUCCAGUCUGCAUGCUGUUUGCUUGCACAGUGGACUGACAGAUGUACAAAAGAAGAAAUCAUUGACAGAAAUUUCUGAUGGUACAGCUCAAAUCUUGCUUGUGUCACCAGAAGCUGUUAUUGGUAGCAAUGCAUUUGGAAGUGGGAUGUUGCCAGCUGAUCUACCUCCAAUAUCAUUUGCUUGUAUUGAUGAAGCUCAUUGUCUGUCACAGUGGUCACACAAUUUUAGACCUUCGUAUUUACAACUUUAUAAAGCCUUGACCCAAAAACUUGGAGUGAAAUGUAUUCUUGGUCUGACUGCAACUGCAACAAACAUAACAGCUAAAGAUAUAAUCUCUCACUUAGGUUUGGAGCUGACUGAAGAAUCCAUUGUUGGUCACACAAACAUUCCUCAAAACUUACAUCUUUCUGUAUCUAGGGAUAAAGAUAAGGACAAGGCCUUAAUUCAGUUGUUGAGUGGAGAUCGUUUUCGAAUGUGCACUUCAAUCAUAAUUUACUGUAUUCGUCGGGUGGAGACAGAAAGACUUGCUGCAUUGAUUCGAACAACCAUGCAAGAUGAAGUGAUUCCUAGUGAAGAACAACCAGCCAAAAAAGCCAAAAAAUCAAUUGAAGCUUAUCAUGCAGGAUUAACUGCACCUAGAAGAAGGUCUAUUCAGAAGCAGUUCAUGUCAGGGAAACUACGUGUAAUAGUUGCAACAGUGGCAUUUGGCAUGGGUGUUGACAAGUCAGAUGUACGUGCAAUCAUUCACUACAAUAUGCCGAAAACCUUUGAAAGCUAUGUUCAGGAAAUAGGACGAGCUGGCAGGGAUGGCUUGGAUGCACAGUGUCAUCUCUUUCUUGAUAAUGAGUGUAAAGAUCUGUACGAAUUAAGGAGGCACAUUUAUGCCAAUGGAACUGAUCGCCAUGCACUGAGAAAACUGCUGCAAAGAGUUUUUCAGCCUUGUAAAUGCUCAAAAUUGAGUGAUGACUCGUCAAAAGUAGAAAAUGUAGAAAAUCAGGCAAAGUGUUCUGUUGAAUGUCCAAAGCAUGAAGUUGCAUUUUCAAUUAGUGAUACUGUACAAGAACUUGACAUGAAAGAAGAAAAUAUAUUGACACUGCUUUGUUAUUUGGAGUUAUAUUCUGGCAAGUGGCUUGAGAUUCAACCAUAUACUUAUUCAACUUGCACAAUCAGAUGUUAUGGUGGACCAAAGCAGAUGCAUUCAAUAGCAUGUAAAAGUCCUUCAGUGGCAACAGCCAUUGCUUUGGAUGAAAGGCGAGGCAAAAAAUUUGAGAAGACUUCUCAUUACCAGUUUCCAGUAGUCCAGGUUGCAUCUUUCAUGGGUCUCAAAUCUUCAGCUGUCAAAAGGGAACUAAAGGGCUUAGCAUGGAAUGAACAAAAACGUAAGACUGGAGUCCUGGUGGAGUUCUCUGACCUUGCAUUUCAUGUCCUUGCCCCUGGGAAUCUCUCAGAAGAUGAGCUUGACUCUAUUCUUGAUUAUCUGCAAAAGAAAGUUAUGACAUCAGAGAAGCAAGAACUGGAAAAUCUCAAUUCUCUGUUUUCAGUUUUUCAGAAGUAUUCCAGCGCUCAUUAUUGGUCAUGCUGCGACGAAGCAAAUUUAGAACUAAGUCAGAAGAUUAAAGAAGCUGUAAACACAUAUUUUACAAGAGAUGAAGUACCACUUGAUGAUAUGUUAGAUUCUACUUUUACAGAAAAUGAGCCUCCAGAGGACAUGCUUUUGUAUGCUAGAUCACAAAUACGGGACCUGAUCUGCACCCAUCGUGACCAGGAAUUCUCCGGUCGAGCAAUAGCUCGCAUAUUCCAUGGAAUUACAAGUCCUUGUUACCCAUCUGAAAUUUGGGGAAAAGUAAGAAAAUUCUGGAGGAGCUUUCUUCAUAUUGACUUCAAUAUUUUGCACAAAAUUGCCAAUGAAGAACUUAAAACCUAUAGAUAAUGGAAACUGUUUUUAGUUUUUAUUUCCUGUCAUUUUAAAUGUCCAUUCUUCACAAAAUGUUCAACUGUAAUUGUCAUUGAUUGUACAAACAUACAUAGA